CACAUCCUGUGUGUGAUCUGAGGAAGUCAGAAAGCAAGACUCAUCUGAGGAACCACUGCAGUUAGCACUUUAGAUUGAAAGGUCAAGCACGCAGGCUAGGAUUAAUAAAAUAAUACAACUGUAAGAUAAUAUUAAGAAAAUAAUAAGGCCAUGCUUCAAAGGGCAGCAUCAAAUGUUUCGGAUAAACCUAAAAACCUCAAACCAAAGAGAUCCACCAGUUUCGGAAAGUUUGACGGCCUCAGGCAUCCAAACUCACCAGCCAAGCUUGAGGAAGAUGGAACAGCUCUGCAGGCUGAGGGUGAGUCAGGAGUGGAGAAGAAAGACAAGCAGAACACUUUGGGAAGAAAGAUGAAGGCCAUCGCAAUGACUAUGAAGCUAGGCAAGAAGCACAUGAAGUCCUGCUCUGAGGAUACGUGUGAUGACACAGACAGAGGAACAGAAGGAGGUACAGAGAGCAGCUCUCAUUUAAAGAAAGCUACAAACCACUCGAGUAACUCGUUAGAAAGUCUCUCCAGUGGACAGAGCUCUUCCAAUGCCAUGACCAGCAGCUUGGACACGUCCAGUAACCGAAACAGCCUGAGGUUGGAGGAGGACAUGUCCUACACAGGGCCGUUUUGUGGACGAGCCCGAGUACACACAGCCUUCUUCCCCAGUCCUUACGACACGGACUCACUCAAUCUCAAGGUCGGCGAUAUCAUCAAUAUCAUAAGCAAACCUCCGAUGGGGAUAUGGACGGGCAUGCUGAACAAUAAAGUAGGGAAUUUCAAGUUUAUCUACGUGGAUAUGCUGCUGGAGAAAGAAAAAGAUAAAGGAGAAGAUGAGGAGGAGAAAAAGAAUGAAGAGAAAGAGAAGGAGGAGGCACUUAAGGUCAGGCCUCAGCGACUGUCCAAAAAACCUCGACCCAAAACGCUGCUGGAGUUACUAGAGAGGCUGAAUUUAGAGGAAUACAUCUCGACUUUGCUCCUGAACGGCUACCAGUCUGUGGAUGACCUGAAGGACUUGAAAGAGAAGCAUCUGACUGAGCUGAACAUCACUGAUCCUGAGCACAGACGCAAACUACUCGAUGCCUCACAGGACAUUUAUAUCAUGAGCCGGGACGAGCUGAACGAGAAGACGUGUGAGGAAGACGACGAGGAGGCCAGCGACUGUCCUCGAGACUCAGGCUGUUUCAUCCCAAAGGAGUGUGCAGACACAAGCAGAGAGGACGGCGAUAUACACUAACAUCUCUCUUCUCUGAAUUGAGCUGUGAUGCUUUAUGACCACUCAUCAAAUCAAAUAUUUGCAUUACGUGUGUCUUUGGGAUGUCUGUAGAUUACUGUGUUGACAUAUCUGCUGAUUUAUGUAUUUAUACAUGAAAUUUCUUUACUCUUUUCUGUUGUUCUGUGUGUUAAUAUAAACAUUACUGUAUAAACUGUAUAUAUGGAUAUAUUCUUGCAUUUUUAAUGCAUUAAGAGUUAA